AUGGAUUUAGAUCAAGAGUUUGAAAAAGCACUUGAAGCCCUCCAUGAUAUCGAUUUUACUACUUCGAGAGUACCCAGUGUUAACGUCUUCGAGACGACGAUACGAUAUCUCGGAGGCUUGAUCAGCGCAUAUGACCUGAGCGAAGGAAAGCAUUCGAUCCUCUUGGAGAAGGCCCAUGAAUUGGCCGACUUCUUGUACGGGGCAUUUGAUACCCCAAACAGAAUGCCACAGACGCGAUGGCAAUGGAUAAGGACCGUAUUGGAAUCUUCAACACAGCCCAGUGAAAAUACGCUCCUUGCCGAGAUAGGUUCUUUGAGCCUAGAGUUCACUCGCCUUUCGCAAAUAACAGGCGACUCAAAAUAUUUUGAUGCUGUUCAGAGAAUUGCAGAUGCACUACAUAGCAUACAAAACCAAACUAGGUUGCCAGGUCUAUGGCCGGUCUCGUUGGACACCCGUGAAUUGCGGUUCUCUGACAGCUACUUCACAGUAGGUGGUAUGGCUGACUCCACCUACGAAUACCUCGUCAAAGAGUAUCUACUCCUUGGAGACCAAUCGAACCAAUAUGGUGAGAUGUAUAUCUCUGCAAUUGAAGGGAUCAAGAAGCAUCUGCUCUUCCAUGGUAUGGAUAAAGAUGGGGGAGACAUAUUAUUCGCUGGGAAUAUCCGAUUCGACUCAGAAUCUGGCGAAGAGAUUUUUGAGUAUCAAACGGAGCAUCUCAAGUGCUUUCUGGGUGGUAUGGUAGGACUUGGUGCCAAGGCAUUUGCUCGCUCAGCUGACUUAUCUAUUGCAUGGGAACUGGUGAAUGGAUGUAUAUGGGGAUACAAUCUCAUGCCUGUUGGAAUUAUGCCCGAAACUCUAUAUAUCAGUGGCUGCAGAAAAUCAAGUUGUGAAUGGAAUGAAGAGAAGUGGCUUCGGGAUAUAUUCGGAUGGCCAGAGGAAAAGGAUAUGCCCAGGAAUUUACGUGAAGCUGCACGGUUGGUUAUUCAGAACCAUGGGCUACAAUCACCAAUACUGGAAGUCGUGGAUCCAAAGUAUCGUUUAAGGCCUGAGGCAAUUGAGUCUAUCUUUAUCAUGUACAGAAUUACCGGCGAAAAGUCACUACAAGAAGCUGCAUGGCGAAUGUUUCAGAACAUUGAACAGUACACCAAAACCAAGCACGGCCAUGCUGCGCUCGAAGAUACCCGUGAUAUCUGGACAGCAAAAUCAGAUGUUAUGGAAAGCUUCUGGCUUGCAGAGACACUGAAAUACUUUUAUCUUAUUUUCUCAGAUCCAAAUUUGAUCAGCUUGGAUGAAUACGUCUUUAAUACCGAAGGACACCCGUUCAAGUAUACAUAUGGCUCUCCUACAAUGUAG